GUAAAACGUUCAUAGAAGUCGCAUUCAACUACCAAGUUGAAUAAUCUAAUAUUUUCUUUCAUAUUCACUAGAUUAUUCAGUUUGAAAGUUACUAAAGUUUAGCUAAAUGAAUUCGAUACAUAAAAUCCAGUUGUUGAGCACUAGUCUAGUUCGAAUUACUCGCCAUUAUGCUUUUAAAUCAGAUCUUAAAAUCAAAUGGGUUCGACCUGAGAAAAUUCCUUGUUAUAAACCGGAAAAGAGUGGUGAUCUGCAACCCAUGCGGACAAUCGGUGGAAACGAACUUUUAAAGGAUUUUCAAGGCUUACCGGAAUUAGAGACAUCGAGCGAUACGGUAAAAAAUCUGUUUACCAUUCGACACAAUCGAAGAAAGGAGAUGCUGGAAAAUUUCAAAGAAGAGAUGGUUAAACGUGUGCAACGCCACGAUCUGGAUUACGGUUCUGUAGAAGCAAAGUUGGGCUUAAUGACUGCCCAAAUCAGGAGUCUUCAAGAAGUUAUGGAAAAAUUUCCACGCCAUUCUAGCGCCAAAGUUCAACUUAAAGAACUGAUUGACAAAAGGAAAAAAUUCUUGCGUUAUUUGAGACGUUGGGAUUAUCGACGGUUCGAGUACAUAUUGGAAAAGCUGGAUCUCGUAUAUAAACCGCCUCCAACACAUUUUCACUGGAUUACCAGGAAGGAUUCGCUGCGCAAGCUAACAGAUAUUCACUGCGACGAGAUCAAAUCUACUCGUCUGCAAAGCUACAGAGAGUUUUUGGAAUCCCAACAGUUGGAUUUUCUUGCUAAAAAAUUGAGUAACUUGGAGUUCAUAAGAAAAGAACAGUUGGAAUGCAAAGUACCAGUUACCGUCACAACAGAACAGAUUCAGACAGUCAAGAAGAAAUAUGAAGAGUUGAAGGAGAAACGAAAAAUGUUGGAAGAAAACACUAAAGAAGAAGAAUAAACCAUUAUUAUAAAUUGUUGCUUUUAUUUCGUGUAUAAAAAUAUAAUAAAAUUAUUAGCUACUAAUGGA